AUGGCUGCCCAACCCCUCAACGGCGGCGCAGGCAACCUCACGACGCCAGCACCUGGCAACGGCCCUGGCCCUGACGGCAUUGCCAAGAUUCAUCAAGCCCUCGAGGUCAUACAUAGUCCCUUUUCGUCGAAUGAUGCCCGUCGAGACGCCCAAAACUUCCUCGAGCAGGUAAAAGCCUACGCCGAAGCCCCACUCCAAGGCUAUACUCUCGCCUCCGACAAAUCCCAAUCCCCGGUCGUCCGCCACUACGCCCUGUCUCUUCUCGAACAUGCAAUCAGGCACAAAUGGGCUUCGUACGGCCCCGACGAAGCUACCGCCCUCCGCGGCUGGGUGCUGGAGCUCUGCCGCGGCGUAUCUCGAGAUGACCCGACAUACCUGCGCAACAAGACAGCCCAACUCUGGGUGGAUGUCGCUAAGCGGAGCUGGGCUGCGGAGUGGAUGGAUAUGGACGGGCUCCUCGUGCAGCUCUGGGAGAUACCCGACUCGCCGGUUCACAAGGAGCUGGUCAUGUUUGUCCUAGAGACCCUGUCCGAGGAGGUCUUUAAUGGGGAUGAUGCGGCGGUCGUGAUGCGAGAGGGCGUACUGAGCAAAGCCUGCGUGGAGAUAUUUACCCCGGCGAAUGUCCUAGCUGAGUCGUUUCCCAAUAGGCAGGCUGGGCCAGAGGUCCGCUACGGAGGAGAAGGUUGGCUCGCGCGGCUUUCCGAGUUUCUGGACCAAUGUUUAGGCGCAGACGUCCAGAGCAAUGAGCCCGUCAGGACUUGCGCCGUGAAGGCGCUCUCCGCCCUACACUCACUGAUGACAUGGGCCAUUCCGAAGGCCAUCCACUCGGCCAAUUGCGUUCCAAUCAUGGUUCGGUGCCUCGCAGUCUCCUGCAUCUCUGUUCAGAAGGCCUCAUUGGAUGCCCUUCAUGCAUUAUACUGCCGAACGAAUUUCUCAGACCAGGAGUUUAAGGAGCUUGUCAUGCCGAUGUAUGAGGCAGACACGGUCAACUUGUUCCGCCGAUUGGCAGAAUGGUCUAUUGUCGACGCCCAAGACAUUGACGAAGAGAAGUAUCUUUUUGCUAAGAAAUUCUCGGAGAACAAGAGUCUCGUCGUUUCAAUCCCGGUCCUUGUAUCCUGGACUCGCCUGCUCAGCAGCAGGUAUAUCGGACCAAAUGCCGCCAACCUGGAUCUUAUUGGACCUCUAUUGGAAGUGUGCUCUUCCAGGAUGAUCCGCUACGAGAACUUGCCUGAAGACUCACACGAUCCUUCCUAUCUAUUCCUGCUCGAGGAUACCGAUACCAUUCCCGAGCGACAUGCCUUCUUAGGCAACUACCGGAGAUAUAGUUCUCAGCUCAUCGAGCUCAUCGUACAAUUGAAGUUGACCGACGCCCUAGCACAUAUUCUCCGCCAAACGGACGACAUCCUCCAACACCUAUACGAUGGCCAGCCGCCACUCGAUGUUGCGAAAUACUCAAAACACUCUCUUCCCGUUCUCCGUAUCGAUGCGCAGUUCACUGUCGUUGAAGCCGCCCUGAAAGGCUUCGUCAAGUGGAGGACAAUCCCCAGAGCUGACAACAGGCGCGCGGAAUUGGAAACAAACCUCGAGGCUUGGUGUAAUAAGCUGCUUGGAAUGAACUUUGAGGACCCCCAAAUUAGAAAGCGGGUGCUUCAACUUUUAGUGGCCUUCUCUACCACGGCGCUGGAUAACAAUGCCAACUUGAUGCUAAAGGUCCUCGAGCAUAUCCUGAUGACCUGGCCUGCUCUCCAGCCGGAUCACAGGGCCUACAAUGACGCCAUCAAGGACCUUCAGGCGGACAGCAUGAUUGAACUUCAUCGCUUGGCGACGAAGAUGCCUGACCACUUACUUAACGUUUACAAUGACCUCGAGGCAAAGGUUAAGGAGAUGGUCAACUCCGGAACCUUGGAUGAUAAGCGCAUUGUGGCCUAUGAGAGCUUUCUCUUCCUCAUUAUCCACCGGACAUCGAGACUCGAUCUGCAGACCAAGAUUCAGCGACUUCAGCAAUUUGUGGACCCCAUCAAAGCACAGUGGCAGAGCCCACAAUUGAAGGAGUCCAUCUCUUCGUAUCAGGCAUUCUGUCAACUCUUGGGACUGGACAAGGCUCAGCAAUAUCUAGCGAGCCGGAAGGUGAAUCAAGUGAAAGACUGGGGCGCGUGCGACCUCGACGCCGAGGGCCUCGCUCUUCAAGCCGAGUUGGAAGAGCGACUCAGGUUACUCCCGUUGCGGUCGACAAAGUCCUUUAUCGCCUUUUCGGUAGAGAGGAUCGACAAGUCUUCGAGUGCCUUCAUGGCAUCGUACAAGCUUUGGGGCGAUAGCGUUGUGGGCGUCUUGCCUUACAUCCUCCAAUUCCUUAGUCACGCGCACGCAUCACACAAUCCCGAGAACUGGGCAGGAUUACCGCCUGACAUGCGGUCUAUCGUCGGUCGCGUUCUCAGCGACAGAUUUUGGCAGGCCGGUAUCUCUGAAGGUAGCAAGGAUGACUUCUACGCUCGCGUGAUGGACAAGAAGGGGACUCUGGAGGGUCUCGGAUCGACGAUUAGAGGAUCGCUACGAUUUGUCCGCGAGACCUGCUAUGCCAUCAUUUACUGUCUCAGUCGGCUGGACUUCAAGUUUUACGGCUUCGACGACUUGCCAGAGCCGCUAGCGCGGGCCCUUUUGGGAGACGCGACGUACCUCUCGACGCAUCAGCAGGUCAACAUUCUAAAUCUGGUCAGAUAUCUUGUCGAUGACUGUCCGGUGGAGCAGCGGGAACACUUCCUUCCGCCGCUGCUCUCGACAGCCUUCCAGCAGAUGGACCGGAAGAUUAGCUCGGAAUGGGAGGCGAUAGCGAAUCGACAGACGGUCUCGGCGGAAGGCGACGAGUUGACGGAGGAGAUGAAGGCGGAGAGCAUUCUCCGUCAAGUCACAUAUACUGCCUGUCUUAUGGUGGCGGACUUUUUAGACCCGACAAAGAAUAACCCCCCUCUACGCCCUGAAAGUGGGAAGCCUCCAAUGAAGUAUCCCUCUUUACGGAAGUUCUGUCUGAUGCACGUAAACGUGGUCGAGCCUUUACUGGUCUUUUGCACACAUGCGAUCAGAAUGCGAGACACGAGGUGUUGCAGCAUUAUUUUACGAGUUUUCAAGUCCAUCGUGCCAGAGUUCCAGGACCAGCAACAAACAGACAACCACCAUAACGCCUCGGCUCCCAACGCCAGCAGCGCAGGGGGAGGCCCGCCAGAUUCAUCGAACGCCGAUCAAUACCUCGACACGAGCCCGCUUCCCGCCGAAGUCGUCCCUAUGAUCCGGGAGUACAUCGCGUCGGACGUGCUCAAGGCGUGCAUCACCUCGAUCAACGAGGCCUACUUCGUGGACCUGCAAAAGGACCUCGCGGCGCUCAUCGCAGCUAUCAUUGUCUACUACAGCCCCCUGACGAACACGGCCACCAACAUCCUGCUGUCCCUCCCCGGCGUUACGGAGGCGGAGCUGCAGCGGUUUACGCCGUUCAUCUCGAAGCCGGCGUCGCACUCGAGGCAGCAGCGGGCGCUCGUGCUCGACCUCCUCAAGGAUGUCAAGGGCGUGAGCAUCUCGGAGAUGGGCAAGUUAUCCGGCGCGGGAGGGUCAGGCGGGAGUCGGUCGAAGAGGACGGGGCGGACGAAGAUGGCGCAAGAGUUUAUGAAGGCUCCUGAGCCGAAUCAGCAGGAGAGGGGAACUGCGACUGGUAGUAAGGACGAUGAGCUUGAUGGGGUGUCGCGGCUGUUCGAGGGUUAG